AUGUGUAAUGUAGAACAAUUUGCUGAUUGUGGUGAUAUUCUAACGAUAGGAAGGGCUUUGUUUAUAUCUGAAAAAGAAGAUCCAACUUGGCUUUCCACAUGUUCAGUGUCGCUUUCGUCUUGUGGUAACUUGCUAGCAGUUGGUUAUAAAAAACGUAUUUGUCUUCUAACUGCCCAAUGGAUUAGUUCUACAGAAAGCAAUACAUAUCUAAUAAGUUGGAGUGGUACCCUUCCUUCUGAAAUUACUUCUUGUUUAGCUCUAUCUAUAUGUCCUUCACAGCAUUCCUCACAGAAUGGACCAGAUUGGUUCUGUAUAGUAGUCGGGUUUCAAAAUGGCAGUAUUGGCUUCUACACUAAUACUGGUCACUUAUUAUUGUUAGAGAAGUUAGAUGAUAAACCAGUUCUAAAGAUAUCUUGCCACACUGGAACAUAUGGUACAUUACCCGAUGAUAUUCAUAUACUUUUUCAAAGCGGUGUUUGUGUGCUCUCGGGAUCCAGUUUAUUUCAAACAUUAAGGAAUGCUAAAGCUCAGAUUGCUAAAGUUCAAGCUGGGAUUGUCGACAAUUAUGCUGUAGAUAGCAGGAGUAUUCCUAUAAGGAAGUGGAACUUCUCAGAUCAAGAACAAAUAAAUGAUGCUGCUGUUGUAGGUCUUGAAUUGAAAAAUACUUUUGACCAUUUCCUUGCAGCUUCUACAUAUGGAGGAUAUGAUAUAUGGUACCGUUCCAUACCUCCAGUGAAUUCACUAAUCCUGACAUCUGGUGUGACACCAUAUGUCGGAUUUCAUUAUGCUUUAGAAGGCGGAACCACUCCACCACUUCAAGAUGUAGCACGAGCUGUUGCUAAUAAAAUAAAAUCGGCCUUGCCGGGUUGGUUAGGAGGUUCUACUGAGACUGCUCCUAUGAAUUCCGAACCACUAAUAAAAGCGGAAUCUUUAUCAAUGAGAAAUGGUUUAUAUGAUGCACAACGCUCUGGGACUUACGUCUCAAUAUCUCCUGAUAGAAGGCUAGCUGCCUUCACCGACAGUCUAGGGAGAGUCUCUGUACUUGAUAUUAGCAAAGGUUAUAUUAUCAGACUAUUUAAAGGCUGUAGAGAUGCUCAAUGUGCAUUUAUUCAGAUGUUCGAUGCUGAUAAUAAGAAGCCUCAGUUGUCUGUUGUUAAAGAAAUAAGGAGGGCUAUGUUUUUGAUAAUUUACAAUCCAAAAAAAGGUCUGAUUGAUAUAAGACUUAUGCAAAGAGGCAGCAGAGUCGCUGUUUUUACGGCCACCAAGAAUGGAAAACUUUUGUACAACACGUGUGGGUUGGUUGGUGCUGAGAAAUCUUAUAACCAUAAGAAACUCAACUUACCUGAGUUGCAAUGCGUUCUUAUAGAUCCAGAUGGUAAAUUAAAGAAAUUCAACAUUCCCUUCUAUUAUUCAUUGGAAGGUGAACAUUUAGAGCGUUCCAAAGAUUUACACAUCAUCAGAUCCAUAAGAGACAUUUUGAAGAAGACAGCAGAUUUUAAUGAUGAAAUAAAAUCAGAGAUCCUUGAGAGUGCUGAAAAAUUGAGGACAUUACAGAUUAAGAAACAUUGUAUAGAAAUGAUUGUUAAGAAUUGUGAUAUAUCCACGGGCAUACUAGUUGCAUGUUUGGAAUUAUUCUGGGACAGCCUUUCCGAUGACGCGAAUGAGCAAGUAAAGAAGCUCAAAAUUUAUUUCGGCAAUCUUGUACUAGUUACACUUUUCUUCCGUUUCAUAAAUAACGAAAAUACUGAUGAUAUGACGAACUUGGUUGAAAAAGUAUAUGAAGUCUUUGAUAUAGAAAAAAUAUAUGAUGGAGAAGAUGUGUCGUCUAUAACACCUGAAUUCCAGCUCUUGGAAGAUGAUAAUUGCAUAUUAGAGAGACUUCUUAUCCUAGCACAAGAAAGUGACUUCAAAGGACAGCAGAAUAAAGUAUCUUUCGCUGAUAAUCGAACGAGUUGUUACAAAGAUUUCAUAUCAUGUUUUGUGUUAGAAGAAAGAAAUCCAUUCAUAAUGCUAAAACGAGACAUAACUUCAGAAAAGCUUAAUAGCUUAUCAGGCGAUAUCUUCAAAUCGAUAAUAAAAGUCAAGGAUUUCACUAAAAUCUCGAAGUUUAUACGUGACAGUCAGAUAGAUCCCAAAGAGAUAGUAAAACUUGUUAUAAUGCAUUUAAUGGAUAUGUCAUUGGAAGAAAUAAAUAUUAAUUUGAUUGAAAAGAUUAUAGCUCUUCUUUAUUAUAUCUGCAGCGUCUCGGAUGAAGCUUCAAAUAUCACAUACAAUGAACUGUCGCCCUGGUGGGAAGAUAUACGUUCUUUGUUAGUAGAUCUACCAUGUCCUUUGAGAAGUAUGAUUCUUGCGAUGGCUUGUAAAGCUGUGUCCAAAAUGUUCGAAGAGUCAUCAGAAAAAGAUGAAGCUUGGGAAACUUUGACCAAGGAAAAUGCAAAAUGGGGAAUUCUUAUCGGAAAGUUGGAAGACAUAUCUAUUUUGAGUAUAAUUCUAAUGUUUAAGGCUAAUUUUGUUGGUAAAACAAUGCCUAAACUGCAAUUAGACGAAGUUAAUGUGAAUUUGAAGUACAUUUAUACGAGGGGUAAGGGCUCAGUAACCGAGUUAAUAGCGAAGUGGCUUUGUAGUAUGGGAAUACCUCCCGAGGCAGUUGUGGCCAAUGAGUUGAUGGAGGUGUAUGAUGCCACUAACACAGAAUUAAAUAGCUCAGUGGAUGAUGAAUCUUUAUUUGUAUUUAUGGAAAAUAAUCGAUAUCAUGUUGAUGAGAACCCCCAAAUAUUCAAGUGGUUAUCUCUCCUACGACGACAAUUCCCUCUCAGUACAGCAGCUAACUACCUCACCGCGAAUAUGUGUUGGGAAUACGCUAUGGAAUGGCAAAAGCAUAUGUCGAAGACUGAGUUUUUGGAGGCUGUGGUACAUUGUUUAGAAAACAUCACUGAUCUGUAUCUACGUCUGGGUCUUUUCUCCAUCAUUUGGUCCACUUAUAUACGACAUAUUUUUGAAGCCAGCUGCCGUUUAGUGAACAAAGUGGGAAAAUUACCCAAGGACCACUUGUGUUUACAGGAUUUAGGUUUCAACGGCGAAUGUUUAGUAAGUUUUCUAAAAACAACUAGAAAUUACUUGGAUAAAUUUUACACGUGUUCUAUGAUGCCAUUUGUAAAGGACAAAACGGAAAUACAAUUUGAAAAAAUAUGGGAUGAGAGUCUUCCGUCGUUAGUUGAAGUUGCACAGGAUACGAGACAUGUCAAUGUUGAUAUAUUGAAUUUAAAUUAUCAAAUCUCGUGCACGCUCUUCUACCAAUGCCAUUUCAAUCUUAAAUAUUCAAAGCCAUUGGACACUCUGUAUGAUAUCGAUUAUCAAUACAUAUUGGAAGCUCUCGGUGGAAACGUAGCGCAGAGAAAUAUAAGCAUGACCUGUUCAGAAAAAUUAAUGACGCCAAGAAUGAAAUAUCUAACAAAGCUUAUAAGAACAGCUAUUGAGAUUAUAAGUUGUGUUGACCAUGAGAAGUCCAAGGCUUAUAACAAUGAGGAAUGCUUACAUUGGAUCGAAAACAUUGGAGUUCUAGCGGAUCUGUGGGGCAUAGACACUAAUUUUGUGAGACGACAGCACGUCAUCGGAUUGUACCACGUGGGAUAUGACGAAUUGGCUGAGAACAUUCUGAGUUCCGUUACCGAACCAGAAGUUCUCUUAUCACCUCUGCUAGCGAUCACAAUACAAAGACUGAAGCGAAGUUUGGAGAACUGUAAGAAUCAACCUGAAUGGAUCGUGUCUAUGCCACCGCAGCUAUACAAGCGUAUGCAAAAUACGCCACUGGACACAACGAUUCCCGCCAACCCUUCUCUCCCCACUACUAUUCUAGUGUUGCAAAAACUGGUUUCACAGGUUACGAAAAAAACAUCGGAUGCUGAAAGUAUACAAAACGUUAAAUUGGCUGAACUUAUCAUUGAGAGCUGCGGACUAUUGAUAAGACAUAAAUUAUAA